AUGCGCAGACGCAGAAGCGCUCUCCUUUGGAAGCAGUCCAGGUCGCUGCUGAAGAACCACUGCAUGCUGAGCCGGGCGGGGUUCUUCCAGGGCAGCUCCGAGAAGUUCCUGAAGGAGCUGAGCUCCAUGCUGGAGGUGGACCUCUUCCUGCCCGGGCAGUACAUCAUCCAGCAAGGCCAAGAUGGAGACAAGAUGUACUUCCUGAACUGGGGCUCAGUGGAGGUGCUGCUAGGGGAGCAAGUGGUGGGCAACAUCACUGCCGGCAACGUCUUCGGGGAGAUGGCACUCUUCAGCAACGGCAAGCGCAGCUGCACGGUGAGGGCCACAGACACCUGCGACUGCCGCAGCGUGGACCAGCAUCGCUUCCAGCGGCUGCUGGUUGCGUACCCGGAGGAAAGGGAGCGCUUUGAUAAGCUGAUGGAGGGCAGAUUGCAGGAGACCAGCAGGCUGAGGCAGGAAUCGCGGAAGCGGGAGGAGCCACCCAUGGGCCGGCUACGCGCCAUCACCCUGAGGAGUUUGUCCGUCAUCGCCAAGAUGAGCGCGCCCGCGGUCCGCAAGCAGACCUCCGACCAGCCGGUCGUCCGCAAGCAGACCUCUGAUACGCCCCGCGCCGGGCGGCCUGCUACAUGGCCCGUUGCAGAGGAGGAAGUGAAGGCCAAGGCGAGUGCCGUGCCCAGCGCGGCGGCCAAGCGGGCGCUGGCGAAGCUGCGGGAGGCGAGCCGCCUGCGCUUCGAGGAGCCCAGGCCCACGCGGAAGGAGCGGCGCAGCUGCAGCGUCAGCACCGAGUUGGAUAGCCGGGAGCACGUGGAGAGCGUAGAGAGCAUUUGGAGCGAGGAGCUUUCCCCUGCCUCUGAAGAGCUUCCUGGGGAGGAGAGCCCUCCGGCACUGGAGGCGCCUGCGUGCCAGGAUGUCUUGGCGACUCUGCAGGGGUUAUCCCCUGCCUCUGCAGCAAAGAGCGAGGUGCAGCUGCCAGAGAUCAAGGGGCCCGCUCCGACGCUGCCUUUGCGCAAGCGGCAGAUGCGGGAGGCCCAUGGGCCCCAUGGGCCACACGCGCCCCAAGCCCUAGGCCCCAGGCCCAAAGCGCAGAGUGCGCCGAGCGUGAGCCGCCGGGGCUCGGCUUGCCACCUGCCACCACCUGCCGCCCGUCGCGCAAGCGCGCAGCUGCGGGCAGCGCGUGGAGCGCUGGCGGCACUGGCGCGGGUGCCCCAAACCGGCUGGCCCCCGCCGAGGGAGCCGUCAAAGCCCAAAGUCAAUAGGCGGCAUAGCUUUCAAGGUGUGGUUCCUCUCGCCACUGCCGCUGCUAGGUUAGGCGCCAGUGCACCAAAGGAUCGGCCUGAGCCGAACGAUGAGCCCACACCCCCUGAGCCUUCAGAGCCUUCAGAGCCUCCGGAGCCUGCGGAGUCUCCGGAGCCUGCUGAGCCGGUGCGGCCUUGUUGGCCAUUUGCAGCCGAGCCACUGCCGCCAAUCCACGUCUUCCACCUCAACCCCAGCCUCAGCCCAAACUCCAGCCGCUCCGAAGUUGGCGAGCUCACGGCCUCCAGCGACACGGCGACAGAGGAAGCGGAUGCGGAAGACUUGCUCGAGCCCGAGAGCUGCUUUGUGAUGCACAUGGUUCGGGGCAAGUUCCAGUUGGGUAGGGUGUGCGUCAGCCAGCCGCAGGGUGGCGAUACGGGCGGCCCCGGUGGCGGGUCGCAGCAGCCGCAGGUGGUGAAUGUCACAGUCAGCGGCACGCUGAGCCUGUCUGGGCCAAAUGCAGCUGCAUCCUUGGAGGCGUUGAGAGGCCUCCAGCUGGCUCACUACCUGCAGCAGCUGAUGCCAAGUGUGGGCCAAACGCUCAACGUGAACCUGGAUAUCCGGGAUGACGCUGGGGACGCAAGCAGACUCACUAGCCUCUACGAAACCAUGAUCAGCCAGAACCAGGGCUUCCAGGUCUUCGUGGGGCCGAUCACCCGCGAGCUCUCUGAGGUGGCGGCAAGUAUCACCAGCAACAACAGCAAGGUUCUCAUGCUGCCGUUUGUCUCCUUGCAAGCGCUGCAAAGGAGCCAAAGCCCGACUUCAGUGUUUUCCUUAGAGGUGCCUCCUUAUGACCUCUUGAAGAUGCCCAUGUGGAAGGCCUAUCAGAAAGGAGCCCGGACACUGGCACUUUGGGAACACCAGGACGAGUUCUAUUCGCUGAUGUGCAACGGCACAGCAGAUGAGGCUGCAGCACUGGGAAUGGAGGUGGUACUCCGCCACAAAGGUAAAACAGCCGAGGAGCGCUUGCUCGUGGAUGUCAGGCACAUGGCUGCCAUCAGUCCAGAUGCCGUGAUCAUUUGUGGCGAUGACUACAAAAUGGGCGUCGAAGUUAUGAUGGCGAUGGAUUUCAUCCACUUCAGCCCCAAGGCCGUCGUGGCGUGGGAGUCCCAGCACGCGGACUUCUCCGGGACCUUGUUGGCGGCCAGCGCCUUGAACGUCCUGGGCUCCGAGGUCUGGAGCACUCGGCUAGAGCCUUGCAAUCUGAUGCUCGAUUCCGGCUGUGCUACCUUCACCAGGGCCGACUUCUUCACGAGCUUCAAAGGCCUCUUCGGCAGCGACCCCACGUUGCUGGCGGCGCAGGCGGCGGCCGCGCUGCUGGCGGCGACCUACCUAGUGCCAAAUGCCUUCCAAAGCUCGACGACGGGCGACACGCUGACGGCCCUGGUCACAGAACUGCUUUCAGGCACCGGGAAGGAGUCCUUCUACCACCCCCUCGUCUUUGACGACUUCGGUUUCCUCACGUCUGCCCUGAUUGAAUCCACUCAGCUGGAGGCAAUGAACCUCACCGAAGCCCGCAGGCUGCAGACGCAACCGCAGCAACAGCAACAACAGCAGCAACAGCCACAACAGCAGCAACAGCAGCAGCUGCCUGUGGAGCCCCUCAGCGCAGAGGCGUUGGCGGCCUACACCACGUUGACGCCGGUGCUAAAGGGCGUCCACGUGACGGAAGAGGCUGGUACAUACCAGCCCCUGUACGACAUCGUUUAUCCGAGGGAUCCGGUGGAGGAACGCAAGGUCGUCCGGUAUCCUUGCGAUCUGGGCUUCGAGGUCCGCACCACCAGCCUGCUGAUGAUGGUGGACUUUGCAGCGCGGAAUGUCUCAGGCGGCCCAACAACGCCUUGCUCACCCUGCAUGCAGGGCCAAUAUCGGGACAUUCGAAGCUCCCAGUGCACCAGCUGCCCUGCGGGCAUGCAGGCCACCUCCAGGGCGCAGCCCCAAUGCACCGAGUGCCUCCCGGGAUCGGUGUGCAAUCCGAUCGACAGCACGCUGGUGGUUGCACCCGACUACCACUUACUGCACGGGCUCCUCAUCCCCUGCGGAAUGGAAGGCCGAUGCCUAGGUGAGAAUCAAUGUCUCGGGAACAGUGACGGAGCGCUGUGUGCGCAGUGCAAGGAGGGCUACACCUCCGAUCCCGAGCGCGAAUUGCUGGAAGCAGACCCCUGUCGACCUUGCGAGCAAGAGUGGGCAGACAAGUGGCAUCGCAUCAUCAUUGGCUGCUGCGUUUACCUGGCUGCCUACUUCAUUCUGCUGACGGCACACUGGAAUGCAUGUGAUUCCCUGAUGUCCACCUCGGUCUUCAUUUGGAGGGCACUGGUGAACCACCUGCACUUCACUUCCAUCACGGUCCAGGCUACCGGCAAGGGCUUUGUGGUGGUCACCCUGCUGCAGACUCGGGACUACUUUCUGGGGCUCACUCAGCUGGUGCUGGACCCCCUCGGGACCAUCCCCAUCAACUGCCUCAUCCCCAGCUGGAACCUCUACGAGGUGCAGGCCUUGCUGGGCCUUUGCAUCAUCCCGGCGGUGGUGAUCACUAGUGCGACGCUCUUCAGUCUUUGGGAGUUCAUCCUUUGCCCGCUGCUGCAGAUUGUGCUGCCAAAGGAGGGGCACCGCGAGACCGAAGAGGAGGACGACCAAAUUCAUAGCAGCGUUUCGUUCAAGAUGCGAGGCAAGUCCGUGCACCACUCCGCCAACGUGACGUUUUCAUGGAGAACUGCGAAGCCGUCCUGGUCCAGGGUGCUGACACGUCUCUCCGAGUCCGUCUGCAUUUGGGUGCAUCUGCUCCUGCCCAUGGCCCUGGCCAACCUUCUGGGUGCCUUGCUGUGCGUCGACCCGGAGUUCUUCUCGGUCGCCGUAGUGGACUACCCCAGGCCGAUCGCGGUGCAGCUGGCGGACUUCGGGGUGCAGUGCUCCCAGGGCAUUCACACCCUGUGGACCAUACUGUCCCUCACAGGCAUACUCCUGUACGCCCUGGGGAUCCCCGCAGCCCUGGUGGCGCUCAUCCAUGCCUUGUUCAAGGAGGACUCUGCCGACUCUCAUCGUGCCUUCGGAUAUCUUUUGGACGGAUCCAGUGCGGACUUCUUCUACAUCCAGCUGGUCAUCAUCUUGCUGAUGGCAUCGAGCCUCGUCUUUGGCAACUACCUGACCCUUGGCACUCUCUUUCGCGUGGUGUGGUUGCUGGGUGUCUACAGCAGCUACUCCCUGGUGAUUAGUGCCAUCAAGCCCUUCGACGCCCGAGACAAGAAUGUUUUGCUCCGGUUGGAGUUGACAAGCAUGGCGUGCCAGAAAGUGCUCUUGGUGGGCCGCAUCCUGCAAUCCAACUGGGCGCCUCUGCUGGCGGCGGGAAUGCCCAAGGCUCUGAUCGAGGUGCCUUGGACUGCCAUGCACUUCUUGUUCGUACUGGGGGUGAUGAAGGGGGUGAUCAACAACUCCGUUUUGAAGAGGAUCAUGUAUGUAACUGCGGUGGAGGAUCUCACCACCCCAGAGAGGUGGAUCUUCGAUUUCAUGGGCAUGGACCGCGAGAAGGAUGUGGCUGCGCAGACCCUGGACAUCAGCUCUCUCAAGCAAUCGUCCCGAGAGACGCUGCAGGCGACCAUCACACUGGCGCUGGAGCGGUACUUCGAAGCUGCGAGCGAGGGGAUCAUUCCCUGGUCCGAGGUAUGCGACGAUUCCCAAGUGGACGAGCCUGAGACCACUGGGAAUGAGGGUCUGAAAGGGCAGCUGCAUCCCGGCUUCCUCAGUGCCGCCAUCCACGAGAGUCUGGUGGAGGUGGAGACUUCGCGGCGCCUCAAGAAGAUCUGCGCGGAGCCGCUGGGCCGGGGAUCGGGCUGGGGCCAGGCAGAGAAACGGGAGUCCAGAAGACCGGCCUUCUGGCUUCGAUCAGGAAGUGGUGCUCUUCGCUGCUGCAGGCGGACGACGAGCGACCUGAUGAGGAGAGCAUGGACACAGGUGGACAAAACCUGGCCGAGAAGUUUUCAGAGGAACGGGCAAAGGUGCACGAGCAGCUGGUGCUGUCAGCCACUGCGGAGGAGCUCGGAGAGGGCCAUGACUGUCCUGCUGCCGGACAUCGAGCACGGGCGCAAAGAGAUGUUCGACAUGCGGCCGAAGGCCGAGAACACCAAACGAGUGGCGCAGACAGAGGAGGAGAAGCCUCUCGAUAAUCUGCAGGAAGUGACAGCCUCCACAAAGAACUUCGACGAGGAGUAUGACGAAAGCGAGGCCUCCGGGCUGGAGUUCGAGCUCCCAGAGCCCGUCAAGGAGGAGGAGACAGAUGGCAGGCUUGUGCCAGCACUGCUGCAGAAGAGGGACGUGCCUGAGCUCAACGACCACCCGGACGCGGUGCUCGCGAGGAUGCUAGGCCUGCAGAACGCCAGAGGGGCCAGGGACAACAUGGCCAGCCUGCAGGAGGAGCACCAGAAGUACUUCUACGAGAUCAUUGACGAAUUGAAGUCGGAGAUCCAGGAGCUCCAUCGGCACAUCGUAGAGGGCCAGGCGGAGCUGGCGCAGCUGGAGAUGGAGAGCCACGGCCUGGAUCACCUGAACUCCCGGGAGCACACCGGCCAGCUUCACCGGGGCGAUCCAGGGCUCACCGGGGCGGGCCACUCCCCGAGCGCAGACAGCGUCGCUGAGGAAUUGAGGAGCCUGGGACUGCAGGAGGUGCAGACCCCUAUCUUCCACAGGGUCGUCAAGUCCGCCGGAGGCCCAGGCCCCGAGGUGCCGAGGCCAAGGUCGCCGCGGCAUCCGAAGCUGGACACCCCCACAGCCGCGCAGUACAUCACGGAGGGCCCGGACACUGCGGACGCCGCCCAGCCGUACCCCGUAGAUAGAAGAUACAGGAGCCGCGUGAGCCAACGCCCGGCCGGCUCCCAGGCGCAGCCGAGGCCGCUGGCGGCCAACCUUAAGGAGUCGACGAUCACCGUCAAGGACAGCAGUUUCUGGUCCAAAGCGCCCACCUGA